AAAAAAAAAAAAAAAAAUCAACAGGUCCAUUUUCCUGAAUGGGUCCUGCUUGGCUCAAUACAUUCCCAUGCCAAUUGGUGGCCUAUAAAAGAGCACUUCAAGAAUUUAAAACUAUUCUUUUCAACAUUUUAUUAUUAAUGGUUGAAGAUAUAACCAGAGAACAAGCACUAUGCAUUUUCUUUUGCUUGAAGCACACUGAAUCUAACGUAACUAUAGCUCUAAAAAAAGCGGGAACGAUUAAAGAUGUCGACGUUUUCUUUGAAGAAAAUCCAUAUAAACCUUUGUUACAUUGUAAUGAAAGAAUCAGUUCAAAUCCUUUGAAAUAUAAAAGAUAUCGUAGCAGCUUGCAUUUGGUAGAAAACCAUGUAGAUUAGAAAACUCAAAUUUUGUAAUUUCAAUUGUUUAUUAAUAAAAAAAAAAAAAAAG